UCUCGGCAAAAGCCUCUUGAUUGCUUCCCUUUAUUCCCCGUUUCUUUCUGAUAGAAACUUUACUCCCACAUUUUCACAUGUAAUUGUUUCUUCAACUUCCCAUUACCAUAUAUUACCAAUACCCCUCUGAAAAACUCUCCCUCUCGUCCAUCAAUUGCCCAUUUCUUAUCUCUCUUCCAUUUUCUCCCUCAUGUUUCUUACUCCCUUGGCUUCUUUUACCUUCAAUUUCAUCCUGCAAUGUCACAAGGUUAUGCUAUAGAGCUUUACUUCGAUCCCGCCCUCGAAAACCAGGUCUUGAAGGCCUGGAACGUGCUCGCUCGCCGCCAAAUCAGCACCCAGCUCAUCGAAAUCGAAUCCCGCCCACACAUCACCCUCUUCUCCAGCCCCUUUGUCGACCCCUCGAAGCUCGAAAACGUUGUUAAGAGCUUUGUUUGGAAGCAGGAACCUUUGCCUCUAUCUUUCUCUUCAAUUGGGAGCCUUCCCACUGAAAACAACGUACUUUUUCUUUCGCCUACACCUUCGUUGUCGCUUCUCCAGUUCCAGACGCAGUUAUGCGAUGCAAUGAAGAAGGAAGGGAUAGAAAUUCCGGAUGAGUAUCGCCAGGACUCGUGGAUUCCUUAUUGUGCGGUUGCUCAGGAAGUCCCGAGGACUCGGAUGGCCGAAGCAUUUUGCGUUUUACGGGACUUGAAGUUGCCGGUUUCUGGGUUUGCCAUGGAUAUCGGGUUGGUGGAGUUUUCGCCGGUUCGCGAACUGUUCUCCUUUGUGCUUGGCAAUUCCGUAGAAGCUUGAGGUUCCAGAGCAUUCUUAUGUGUCAAUCUCAAAUUAUGCUUUUUCCCCUCAUGAAUGUGGUGCCUUUGGUGUUAAUGUAAAUGGAUAAAAUUGUUGCUAUUCAGAGCGUAGUUACAAAAUUUGCAGUUUAUGUUCUUGAAGACUUUUUCAUCUUAUUGUAGAUCGACAGUAUAUUAUGCUCAAACACAGGUAAGCGUUUCUUCUUGUUGA